AUGGCUGGCAUACCCGAGAUGGUACCAUUCCAAGUAGACAAGACGCUGAGGUAUGCUGGUUCCGCUGUCCAUCGGAAUACCAAGACGAUUGGCUCUAUACCCUCUCAUUCACCAUUGGGGAAGAGGCGACAUGACUCACGAUCGAGAACAGAUGUGAGCUGCAGAUUAACCAAAACCCGAUUGCCCUUCAGGACGGAAAACCUUCAGAGCGACGUCACACAGCGUUGCCUCGGAGGCUAA